AUGAGUGGAAGAUCGAUGUCAAGUGACAAAGAGGAGAUGCAAGAUGGAGUGAUCGGUGUUGAUGUCAGAGCUCAGGCAAACCCCGUUGAAAUAGGGGGUCUAGUUGUCAUCGGAGAGGUAAUAACCCAGGCAGGUGUUGAAGGCAAGAUGGAGAUCAAUGGCAAGGCAGCAGGGGCUCCGCUAGGCGAGGCGCCAUGGGCAUCGUUAGGCAAGGCGCCACCGGCACCAUAUGACGAGUGA